AUGUCGAAAUCGACCAAAUCCGAGCUCUAUCUCAAAGAGCUCGAUUCGGCACGAUUGCGCGGCAACUGGCUCAGCGAACAACCAAGCCAGUCUGGCAAGCCCUUGCCUUGGACCGAGCUUCUGCGCAAGUUUACCAAGCACAACUCCGACAAACCUUCCGUUGCUGCACUUGCAACACUCGAAUACGAGCUCAAGGCCGCCAUCCACAACUUCCACGUCGACUCGGCCUACACGGAUGCCUCGCACCUGGACGACUACAAACUGCAUCCACGUGCCGCAGAUGCCACCCUUUUCCCACCUGUGAUGCGUGUUGGCGAUGAGGGCGUUGGCUGGUCUACAGAGAAUGUCGCUCAAAUCGCUGACCGCGUCCUUGAGUACGCCGACAGUGCCAACCGUCUUGCUGCGAUUUCAUUGCGUGCCUUGGCCCUCUUUACCCUCGGCCAUGACGACGAAGCGGUUGACAUUUUGCACCGUGAAGAGUUUAUGGAAACCGCCAGUGAAUCAGCAGCUGCUCCCGAAAUCCACAACGCCGCGCUCACAGGCCUCGUCAUUCAGGGUUUUACCGUCUACGGUAUGGCCAAUGAGCGUCUUCUCGUCUCCAAAAACGAGCCAGGCUACGCCCCUUUUGCCCUUGCUGGCUUCGCUCGCGCUAUCGAGCUUCACGAGGUCGUGCGUGGCGGCAAAAAGGCCAAUGCACUCCGCGGUCUCCCCGCUGACGAGAUUGAGAGGUGGGCGGAGGUUGCUCUCUACCGCAACGCGCUCCUCUCGAUCCGUGCAGGCGAGCCUGUGCAGAGCCUCAAUGCCCUUCGUUCCUACCAGGCACACGCCAGUCGCUGGCACAACGAGUUCCGCCUACCGCAGCGCAACGUCAUUCACCGCUAUUACCUCCGCGUGCUCAACCGCUCCGCCGAGCUAGGUACCUACGUCGAUCCACCAGAGUUGCCUCCACCCAGCCGUGACGAUUGGAGAAGCAAAGCGUACCAGCUCUCCGUUGUGGCCACCGUGGCCUCGCGCGUCCAGAUCCGAGACUACGAGUCGGAACGUCUGCACCGUGACCCUGCCGCCAAGCGCAUCGCUCCUACCUUUUCCUCGCUCCGAGUCUCCUCACGCACCGUCUCAAAGCGCCGACCCAACGCCUACCGCGAGCUGCGUGCACCCACUGUUUCGUGGUCCAACGAAUCGCUCACAGCUCAAAAGGCCGCUUUCAACUCGUUGCAAAAGUCAACAGCGUUCCCCAAAGCCAACCACAUCAACAACGAGGUGCUCGACUUUGCCGACGAGAUGGUCAAGGCAUGGGAGAUCAAUGGCGAGCUAGGAGGCGAGCAGGCUGACGAUGUUGCCGAAAUCCUCCAUGGCCUUGUCCAGCUCACCUUUCACUCGCAGCGCAUCGCACGCUAUCUCGUGCGCCUGCUCUUCGCCGCCGAAUGCUUCGACGAGGCUAAGCGUGCUUUGCAGACGUAUGCACAGCUCGUCGACAAGGCGAGGCAGGCUGACGCGAGCGCCGAGGCUAACAUUUCUGGCCUCAAGGCACACAACAAGGAGAAUGGUGAGGCUCAGCCCGAAAAUCAGCAGCAGCAGCACCCCAAAGACGCCGAAGCCACAUCUUCCAAGGAUCACGACAGCGACGAGGUCUACGCGAACACGCUCGCGCAAGGCGCCUAUCUGGUGGGGCGCCACUGCAACGAUUUUACGCUCGCCGACAAGAUGGCGUCCAAGGCGCUCGACGUGGUUCAAGAUGCAAACGGCCAGUACAAGCCUACUUUGCAGCAGAACGCCGUGUUGCUCGCCCGGCUCAAGCGUGUCAGUGGCUACGCCAAGUCUGGUCUGGCCAUCCAGCUGGCCGAUCCAGUGCGAAGGCCCGUGUUACAGUCGCAAGCACUCGCUGAACUCACCGAGGCUACACAGCUGGACGACCAGUCCUCUGAGGCCUUCUACCAGCUCGCCUUCCUGCAAACCGAGCUACGCGAUGUGCACUCUGCGCUUCAAUCUGCACGCAAGGCGGUCGAGCUCGAGCCCGCGGAUGUCGAAUCUUGGCACCUUCUUGUUCUACUGCUGUCGGCACAGAAAAAGUACAAGGAUGCAUUCAAGAUUGCCGAGGUGGCGCUCGACGAAUGCGACAAGGACGACAGUGGCGUCAGCACGGGAACUGUCAAUGGAUCGUCACCAGCCAACUUUGCGGGCUCGCAGCUGCUGAGCGUCGACUACCCGCCACGCCCUCUGGAGAGGAACGAGUCGAUCUUGCGUCUCAUGGUGACCUACAAUGCAUUGGAGGAGCUCAAUGAUGGGGUCGAAAGCGCCAUCGCCGGACAGAAGGAACUCUUCUCCUACUUCCACCGUGUCUUCCCCUACGCAGCAGUCGCAGCGGCUUCGGCUUCCGCGUCGUCAGCUGGUGGCACACAAGGAGAAGGCGACAACCCACGCGCAUCACAGGACUUGGGCGGCUUGCGACGCUACGGCUCGCUUGCAGCGGUGGGCGGUGAUAACAGCAACGACACGAUACUCGCACGCUCGCACACAACAGCCGGUCGCUCACGAUCAUACGCGCACAGGUCCACCAGCGCUGCUGGCGCUGUGCAGAAAGGCAACGCGGCCAUCUUGCCAGGCAUGCAGUUUGGCGAAGGAGACCAGGAUCUCUCGCACUCUGGCGCUGAACGCAAGCUGCAACAUCUCAAGAGGCAAUCCAUCGCUCUGGCUAAGAUCUGGCUGCACUCGGCGGCGAGCUUCCGACGUGCUGGCCAGCUCAAGGAGAGUCGAUCUGCGAUCCAAGAGGCGGAACGACUGCAACCGGGAUUGGCAGAUGUGUGGGUGCAGCUGUCGCUCUACUUUGCCAACAAUGGAUCAAACCGACUGGCAGUCGACUCGCUGUACAAAGCAUUGGCAUGUUCUGCAACCGACGUCGCUGCCUCGGUGCACCUUGCUCGCCUGUUCCUCGCCGAUCCUGAGCUUAAGCCUAAGCGCCUCGCCGACGUGGCGCAUGCAAGUGUUGCUGCUGCCACACCCACUGCGCCGAAGCACGGCUACGAGUCGGCCGCUGAAGCGACGCUGAGUGCGAAAGCACAGGAUCUGUCAUCGGUUAGCUUGGCCGAGGGUCUACUGACCACCACGACCAAGGGCGCUGGUUGGGAUACGAGCGAGGCAUGGCUCUUCCUGGGCCAGGCGGUACAGAGAAGUCAGCGAGCGCAAAGGGCGAGAGAGUGCUUUGAGUAUGCGCUCCAGCUCGAAAACACCAAGCCUAUCCGUCCACUUACCACGGCCUUGCUGCGAUGA